AUGACCAGUGUAAAUCUUCUUGAUGUGCUGAUGGUAUGUGUGCGUGGGGCCCUGGCGGCGCAGCGCUACAUUGCACUGCAACUACUGCAGUUGGAUCAACUCCAAACAGACACAAACCCACAAAUUGCGGAAAUGAGUAUCGUGCAGUACGACGCAGGGACACGCCGUGCGCUGCUCGCCAAACUGCGGGAUGCCGUGCAGGUGGAAGUGAAGGAACAUCUACACAAUAAGAAGGGCAACGCCGCGAAGGAUCUCGUCACCACCGCUGAUGUUGUGACGCAGGCAGUGCUCGAGUGUGUCCUCCGCACGGCCUUUCCCACAGUGCCGUUCACACUCGUCGGCGAAGAGGAGGGCUCCACGGCGGCUCAACACACACGCAUGGGCGCCGCACAAUGUAUCGCCACACACUACAACACACAUGAAGCUAUUCCACAACAGGCGGAACUGGAAGCACAUGUCCCACUGAGCUCACGGAUAGUAACAGCCAAAACAAGUGAGGAACUGCGCCGCAGAGUGGGAGUGUUCAUUGAUCCCAUUGAUGGUACUAACUGUUUUGUUGAGGGAUGCUGGGAAGUGCCCCUCACGCUGGUAGGCAUCACACUAGAUGGUGUACCUAUUGCCGCCGUCGUUAACCGCGUCUUUCACUGUAAUGCGGAGCAGUUAAGGGAAGGCUAUAGUAGUAGCAGGAGUCUCUCCUAUGUAUGGAAUAGAAGUACAGAAAAGCCUUUUAUUGUACAUGAGGGUAAACGUGUUUCGCCCCUUGUUUCCGCACCACGUCCGGUGACGACAUGGAGUACACUGCGUGUGGUGUGUUCCAAUACCACCCGUGAUUCCGUUUUCACUCAAUUAUUAUGCAAACUUCAACCUUUUGAAAAGCAUGGGGCACGAGGGGCGGGAAAUAAACUAAUGCUAAUUUUCUCUUCAAUGAUUAGUGGUUCAUCUCAAAGGACGAGCUGUGAUGUUUUCCUUUCACCAGCGAACUCCAUUAAAACUUGGGAUACAUGUGCCCCCCAUGCGUUCUUGCUGGCCCUGGGUGGCGAAUUGUACACAUUGCAAGGUGAAGUUAUUCGUUAUCAACUUAUUGGCGACAGGAGGACUAAACUUCCUGCAGGUGUUGUGGGCGUGUCGUGCUGGUCAAAGACAGAGGUUCCCCGACGUAUGCGGUGGUCACACUCCAAUAUGUAA